GGUACAUUUUCAGUAUAAUGGUCUGGUAAUUUUAUCCUCAUUUGGUUUUUCGAAACGUGAUGUGGGUUGUACAAAAUCCUUUGCGAUAUCACUGGGUAAAACCAGCGGCAUUUUCUUUCCGGUCAUUCAAUAGUAUCAGUGGGAAACUCAAAAGGAAUUCACCUAUUUCCAGUUGUUGGAAAUUUUCCAAUUUAUUCUUUAAUCCCUCCGUGCCUCUUACUGAUUUGGCAAGCAAGAGCUUUCGUAAACAGAAAAAAGAAGUUGCUUUUAACUGUGAAAAUAUUGAGGCACGUCUGGAAGAAGGUAGUUUAAUUCAGGCUAAAUUUUAUGAAGUAGUACGAGGAUUGGCCUAUGUGAUUAAUCCAUACGAUGGUCAUCGUAUUUUUAUCUAUCAUGAUAAUUGUAACAAUGCAUUGAAUGAAGAUAUUGUUCUAGUUGAAUUAUUGCCUAUUGGCAAAUGGAAAUUAACUGGUAUUGAAAAUUUCGAAUCCCCAGAAAAGGAUAGUUCCGAUAAUGAGAUCAUUUCAGAUGUAAUUCAGUCUACAGUUGAAAGUUCUGUUUUGGAUUCACCUGUUCCUUCUCCUUCAUUUGAAGCAAUCGAUGCUAGUGAAUCACCAGUAUUGGUCGAUCAAACGUCAUCUACAUCUAUAGAAUUUAAAAAAACUUGGUUCUACAAUAUAAAACAAGUACUAGACAACUCUCAACAUAUUACAGAUAAUACAUUAUUGAGCAUAAUUAAGAGUUUAGAUCUAUCCUCUGUUCCAAGUGCCUCAUGUCCUUUGCCAUAUCCUAAUUUAAUUCGCACCGGUGUGGUUAAGAAGGUUUUGAAAUCGAAUCCAGCUAAUCGGAAACUUUUGGGUUGUCUCGCUUUUUAUCCAAAUAAUUUGGAUCGUGGUUCUAAAGCUUCCAUAGUCUUACCAAUGCAGAAAAAUUUCUCAUGUGUUCUUCUCCCUUAUUCUAGUGAUCAUCCAUUAGUUCAAAUAGAUCCAUCUACUGUGCCUUCUGAUGCACUCAAGAAUCACCAAAUUGGAUUAAAAAAUAGUUACGUUUGUCGAGUUACACACUGGAGCAAAAGUUCAAAAUAUCCUUAUGGUGUGAUUGAAAAGAAUCUGGGAAGUUUGAAUGAAUUGGAAAAAGCCACUGAAAAUAUUCUUUUGGAACAUGGAAUCGUUGAUGAACAAUUCACAUCUGAGGAAUUACAGGGUCUACCGACUAGCCCACAGGAAUUCAAAAUUCCCGAAACUGAAUAUGAAAAAAGAAAAGAUUUUCGUUCUCAUUGUGUUGUUACCAUUGAUCCAGAACAUGCAAAAGAUUUCGAUGAUGCAUUACAUAUCACUCGAUUAAAUAAUGGUUUAUAUGAAGUUGGAAUUCAUAUUGCAGAUGUAUCAUACUUUGUUUAUCCUAAUAGUCCAUUAGAUAAAAGAGCUGCGGAUCGAACUACAUCUGUUUAUCUUGUUCAGAAAGUCAUACCAAUGUUGCCGCCUAUCUUAUCACAACAUCUAUGUAGUCUUGUACCUAAUGAAGAUCGAUUAGCUUUUUCAAUUUUAUUAACUGUGAAAGAGAAUGGUGAGAUUGUCAAUGAAUGGUUUGGUCGAAGUGUAAUUCGUUCACGUUGCCGUUUGACUUAUGACGAAGCCUGGAGUAUCAUCCAAAUGACACAGUCAAAUUCAUCUAUCGAAAAUAAAUCAAGUUUAUUAGAUAUUUUACCUAGACCUGAAGCUCCGUUCACUUUUCAAGAUCUUCAGAAUUGUUUACGUUCUCUUCAUUUGAUAGCAGAGAACCUACGUAGUCAUCGAAUGGAAAAUGGUGCUCUAUCUUUGGAAAAAGUAGAACUGAAUUUUAGCUUUCCAAAACCAUUAUCAGAAAAAGAAAAAUGCACAGAAGAGUGCUCAACUACACUUUGGCCUCAAGGAUUCUCUGUGAAAGUACGAAAUCCUGCUCACUAUUUAGUUGAAGAAUGGAUGAUUGUUGCCAACCAGUCUAUUGCUCGAUUUCUAUUUGGUAACUUUAUUAAGCGUCUUAAAUCUUUUGAAAUUCCUGUUGAGAUAAACAAGAAUAAUCAACGAUGGUUAGGUGCAACGCUAAGAAAUCAUCCAAAACCUAAGGAAAAGAAAUUUAAUCAAUUGGCCCAAUUAGCCAAAUCAAACAAUAUCGAAUUCGAUGCUACAAAUUCUGCUUCGCUCUCGUGUUCUAUCAAAAAGCUGGCAGACGGCAUAGCCGAAAAAGAAUCCUUUAACAAAUCAUGUCUCUUAAACUUGAUGUGUUCUUUGGCGUACAUGACUUAUAUUCGCCUAUCUGUAGCUUUAUACUUUAAUUUAGAUAGUAUGUAUAAUAUACUCAUUAAGCGUUAUACCAAAGAAAGUCUGUUAGAAAAUAUCUCGUACGACGAUCAUUUCUUACGAAUACUAUCCUUCGAUCCUCAAUCAAUAAUGGGACAAAACAAUAAAACAAUUUUGAAUUAUACAUGGCAUUAUGGUCUUAGUAUACCAUUGUAUACACAUUUCACCUCACCUAUUAGACGAUAUGCUGAUUUAAUUGUUCAUCGUCAGAUGGCAAGAAUAUUAGAAUGUGAUGAUACUAUUCAUUCAGGAUUGCAAACAUGUUUUGCAAGGAAUAAUGAUUUUGCACAACAAUAUCUUAAAAAUCAUGAAAUAGAUUUACAGGUUACUUGGUGUAAUGUUCGUCGUCUCAAAGCUAGACGAGCUGGAGAAGCAAGCCAACGUCUGUUUUUAACAGCUUGUGUUAGGGAUUACGGUCCUUUCUAUGAAAGUGGGACUGUGAUGGAACUGUCUAAUAAUAAAAUCAAAAUUUUGAUUGCAUCGUUUGGUCUAGUGAUUGAAACAGAAAUUAAAAACUUUUUGAAAAAUGUCUUUACAUGGAAACGGAAUCCUGUGGUUCAGACAAACAAUUCAGAUAAAGCGCUAUCAUCCGAUAACGGUGUAACUUCAGAAAAUAGCCAUUCAAUAACUAUCACAUGGCACAAUUCAAAGGAUACAACAGUGAAAAAUUCUAAACAGUCAGAAAUUUCUUUACUCUCGAUAUUACCUUGUCGUGUGUUUUGUCUUGAAAACACACUUGUCCCACUUGUUGAGUUAGUGAAUUCAGAUCACGUCUCUAAUCAGGAUAUACAGUAA